CGCACUAAACUUUGCAAACGUCGGGCCGGCUCCGUUAGCCAGUUAGUGAAUCCAGUCAGUCAGUCAGCGAGUCAAACAGUCACUAAAAUUAUUUUUAAAAAAAUGGACGACAAUUACCCAUCAUUAAUUUUGGGAAUCAUACUUGUGAUCUUUCUUAGCAAUAGCCAAGCAAUGCCGCCACAUAACUCAUUGGCCAGUUACAGUUUUAAUCCACAGUUCUGCAUCGAUACGCUGAGCGGACGCCAAUUGUAUGUGGGCGAGGUGUUCACACGCCUCAACCAGUGUGUGCGAGUCCAAUGCCUGGGCACAUUGCAGCUGUGGGAGGACAACUGUAAGGUGCCGAUGACGCUACAGGGCGAUUGUAAUGUCCUGCCGCCAACUGAUGCGAAUCUGGGAUAUCCCAAAUGUUGUCCACUGUACGAGUGCAAGACGUACGAGGCAAGUGCGCAGGGAGAACUGGAGCAGACCAAUACGUACGAUCAUGCUGGCAAUUUGCGCACAUCUAACGUCACCGAGGUGAUUGUCAUCAGCAAGGAGCUGCGUCCAAGUGGUUCACCCGAUAAGCCCGCAGUGCCCGUGCGUCAGUAUCAGGUGUAGACCGUUAGAUCCUGUUGUUGUUAUGCGUUAUAUGUAGUGUGAUUGUAUCGAAUAGGCCAUAAUUAGUUAGUAUCGUAAUGUAUUGUCUGCGUCCCAUAAUUUGAAUUCUCCAUAUAUAUAUAUAUUUAUAUAUGAUUUGUGUAUGUAUGUAAUUGUUAAGCAAAAUUAUACAAAAAAUCAAAACAAGCAACAGCAAAAAAAAUCUUGAAAACUUUUUAACCCAAA